CACGGUGAGCAGUAAGCAUCAACACUAAGCAGCUCUGCACGGAGCACAUAUCCAACUGCCUUCCUGCAUAAUGCGCAGCGACUAUACUCUGCCCCAUCAUCAUGCAUGAUCGUGACACGCUACGUAUUUUCCGUGGAUGCCCUUGAUGCAUUACGGCACCGUGGCCGACUGAUGAGCGCAUCCUGAAUCUCUCAAGAAAAGAUGGCCGCACCGAUGACUUGCACCGGAGAAGGUAAAGAGGGGAGGACAUUUCCUUCUUAGCUUAGCUUUCAAGACGCCAUCGGGAGAUCGCAGUGAGAAGCCCCGUCUUGCAUACCAAGGAAGCGGAUUUAUUUUGUUCAUGACUCGCAUCAUCGACAAACUCGGAGGUGUGUGUUCACGUGCUACGAUGGUCCGUGGUUAAUUUUGGAUAUAUAACGCAGGUGGUUGUCGGCGCGAAUGUAGCUUCUUUUCUCUGUAUUCAAUCAUAGGAAAAUUAACCUUCGUCUCAUCAUCUUAAAGAAUUAUUGUUAACGAUGAUGACAUUCUGACCGAUGUCGUUGAAAGAUCGUCUUCAACUCUCAAAUUGAUCUACCGUUUGUCGGACUGUGUGUGAUGCUUAACUGCUACUGAGAAUACUAAGAAGCUUGUGAUCUUAUCAAAUAGCCAGUCUUGAUGUAAUUUCUUUCAAGUUUACCUCUGUGAUUUGUCGUUACAAACUUCGCGUGGUUUUUUUUUUUUGGAUCGUAUGACUUCGUGGUAUCACCGUCCGCCAUGGGCAUUGCGCUUGAAACACGCAAUGGUCGCCGGGCCUAACUUGACAGCAUGGGCAACCUGAGCAGUCAGGAAGAAGACAGCUAUUACACCGACGACUCUUUGAGUUUGAUGUCUGAACAGUCCGCCAGGAUGCAACGGCCCACCCGAAGGGGCCCCAAUGUUCCGAUUGAACCCCCGGAGGCCGAUCUGAGCCACCUAACAGAGCAGGAAAGGGCACAUAUCUUGUCUGUUCUGGCAAGGGCUAGAGACUUACAGGCGAGGGAUGAAAGACGUGUGAGGGACUUGGAAGAUGAUUUCUCCAACUACGCCGCCUCGGUCCUCCAACGAGCGUCGAACGCCACAGCCUCGGAGCCUGAGGCCAGCACCGGAAGCCGACAGGGAGACCUCUGCCCCAUAUGUCACGUGACCGAGCUGGUACCCGACCCCCAGCCUGGUACCGCCUCGGAGGGGCAACCGUGCGGGGACUGUGACCGGAUAGUCUGCCUCCAGUGCGGUUUUUACACGCCAGCGAUGACGUCAGAUACAGAGACGUGGCUGUGCAACAUGUGCCAGCGGCGGCGGCGAUUCCUGGCCACCUCGGGCCUGUGGCAUGUGGGCCGCCGCAACAAGCGAUUCUCGGGCUCCAAGCUGCAGCGCCGCAGUAGUUUGGACGAGACAGAAAGCGCGCUCAAACGAGCAUCACGGAAAGCACCCAAACUAGAACGCAUGGCAUCCUACUCCCAGUACGAGGAUAUGAGAUCACAGCCUGGCCAGCAAGAGGGCGCCUCUCCACUUUCACCGCUGGAGGCCGGCUCAGCCGCGUCGUCUUCAACAAAUUCUGCCAGUGCAUUCGCAGAGGAGCCGAGAAGAGUUGGGGAUGGGCGAGAAAGUGUGUCCGGAAGAGUGGAUUCUCAACCUCCAUCGAAACCUCCCCGAUCAAUCUCCCGAGAGGAUGAAAUGUCAGAGGCUUAUCCCAAACCCGAGCCUCACGCUUCAUUUGGAGAGGGGGACCCUCGAGCAACGCUCCCUACGCCACCAAUGAACCACCGAGACAACGGUCCAACCGAUGUGGAAGCUGUUGCGUCAGCGAGCACGGCAGAUAAGAUGCAAGCAACUCCCUCGAACGAAUGCGAGGUGGACGUUGAUGAGGAGGAAAUGAUGCGGCAGUUGAUGGAGAUGGCGGAGGGGGCAGAUGGAGGAGACGCUGGGGAUGGACACCGAGGAAUUCCCGGUAAAGACAGCGAUCGAGAUUUCGAUAUGUCACAAGCAGAAUUCGAUGACGAUGCCGAGCCAGUGUCAAUUGAAACAGACCAGGCAGACGAGAAACAGAGUUAUCUCCAGAGACGGUUCGGCGAUUUGGACGUUCUUUACGAAGGGGAUGAAAGAGAUGCACCUAGCGACCGAGGGGAUUCCCGAGAAUCCUCAAGUGGUGCCAAGGGUGCAUCGGUAACGGCGCUGCUGACUGAACGUGAGCAAGAACUAAUACGUGAGUCUUGUGGGGAUGCUCGGUCGAAAACACGAGGCUUCGUCAGUCACAGAUCUUCAUCAGUAGAUAGGGCGAGUAGUGACGAACCGAAGCAGGCAAGCAGACGGAAGAUUCUAAGUACCUCUUUCGAUUCGUAUGAAUGUCAUAGUGAUAGCGAACUCAAAUUGACCAAGUCGAAGCAAAGCAAAGAUGUUAAGGAGAUAAUAGCUUUGUCCGGGAGUGACCCAAAGCUGUCGUUAUCUGUGGAUUCCUCAGAGAGGGAAUCGCUUACCUUAGGAAAAGACUCUCUGCAGAAGUUAUAUGUGCCUCUUUCCCCUGACGAAUUCGCCACUGACGAAAAAUACAGGUCAGUGGAGGACCUCACCAAAGUUGGAACAGAUGAACAAGAAUCAACUGACGACUCGGAGAACGGCUCCACUAGAAUUGCAACCCCAGCAGUCGGCCAACCCCAGUUCCAAUACGUCAAGCAAAAACCAAACAGUUUACCGAGAAGGCGCAGAAGCAGACCAGUCAUGGAACUGCCUCUGUCACCGAUAUUUGACGAGGAGGCAGGAUCGCCUGAUCCAGAGCACCCGGCAGGAGACUUCUCAUCUCCGGAGUACGCUGAUCCUUCGUUGGCUGAAGAUUCGCCGUUUGAAUACGAGUACGAUGAUGAUGCGGAUGCAUCACAAGAGGGAUUCUCCUCGCAGGAUGAGUUGCCAAGAACUGAAAUGGUUGAAGACCUGAAGGCGAUGGAAGAGGAGGUGUCUGAUCAGCGUGACUACGAUAAUGACUAUACUUUAAUUGCUAGAGACGAGGGCUUAGCUACACUAGUAGAGGAGCAAGAAGAAACACCAGAUAAUGAAAUUCAAAGGGGGGAAUCGGAAAUUGUUCAAACAGAGACGAGUUUUACUCAUUCGGUCGAUGACUCCAUUGUGCACACUAUCCCUUCUGCAAGGAUCACCGAAGCGCAACAAACACAGGAAUUGCCAAUACUGAAAAGUCCCGAGAGUAAAAAAGAAAAGACAAAACUUGUAGAAACAGCUGAUGAGGUACAGGUGGAAUGUCAAGCUCAACCAACCGUCAGGGAGCACAUAAAGCAUCUGCCACGUCAUUCACAGGAUGACGGAACUUCCUCUUCUAGUCUUACAAGCAGUCAGUCCUCAGAAGAAGCGCCCGAUACCGUGCGUUCUAAUAAAGACGAAAAGGCUAGUCACUCGCCAAGACCAAAACCACCACCUCUUGGCAUGAUGCCACCAAGAUAUAGCAUGGAAGCCUACUCCAGCCUUGAGUCCGAGGAAGGUAACAGUUUGCUCAGUUCGCCCCGGACUCCUAGCUACGACACUGACAGUUUUGAUAAGCCGAAGGUCACCAGCCCGGGUAAGAAACACAUGGACUUGGACUCACCGCUCAGUCCUAGCUUUCGUUUCUCUCCACCGGCGACCCCUAAGCAUCUUCUAGAAGCCAGUAAACACUUCAGUGACACAAGUAGCUACACGUACGAUAAUUCACCCAGUGAAUUUUCUGAUGAAAUUCAAAUGUCGCCGGUAACACUGACAGUGUGCAAGUCAGUUGUAUCAAAUGUGGGAUCCCAUUUUGAUGACUUUGAAGAUGCUUCCAAGACCAAAGCAACAGUAAGUUCUGAGGCAGUUGGUCCGGAUGUGCCUUUGGACGAGGUUCAACAGAAGGAACAAUCACAGAUCGAAGAAGAAAAAGUGGAAUUGGCUGAAGUAAAGACAACUGAAGUAAACACCGACAUGAUUAAGAAACCAUCACGGACGGCAGAUGCUUGCACUGGAACCCAGACAGAGCACAUCUUGAGUGUAUUGAUCCCAAAGCCGUCUCCCUCUCAUCGUCAUCCCGAGGAGGGUAAAACAAAAUCUAUCAAGAUGCAGUCCACCUCGUCACAGACAACGUCACCGGUAUCUGAUGUAGAACCGACCGCGGACAUCUCACCCGUUAAACAAACCAGGGCGAAAGUUCUCAUUGAUGCUGCCGUAGACGCAACCUUUGACAGUCCGUCCUUCUCGCCUUUGUCUCCGAUGCACACCGCUCACGCGAAGACCGCAAGCAUCGCAGUUGGUACGAGCCCCGAGUACUCACCACCCUCAUCGGCCCCUUCCACUGACACCGAGUCGGUCGCCAGCCGGUCAUCUCGCGUGAAAUAUAUCCACGGCGGAUUCGGCAGCGAUGGUGACACAACGGAUUGGGGUGCUAGUAUGCCAUUUUCAUCCAUUGCAUCCUCCAGUGGUACUUCGAGUCCAGAGAGGAGCUCUUCCUUGCGAUCAACUCCGCUGAAAUACCUCCCCCUGGAAACCAGUAGUCUGUCCAACACGUCUCCACCUACUACGAGGAGGAGUCGUAUAGACCGGGAAACAUCUACUCAGAGAGGGUCCUCGGCCCCAGCUAGAACCCGUGUGAUGCGAGAUAGUGUCAGCUCAGAACGAAGGACUUCCUCGAGCGACAUCGACAGCUGUGACAGCGACGGAGGAACACCGUCCAGCACACCCCGGAAGGUCCGGCGUCGUCUUCCCUCUAUCCCGUCUGAUCAGGUUCCCGUCUCCGCCCCACGCAGCUCCAACACCCACAAGGUGUUCUUGGAGAAAGACCAGAAUGUAUCCGAUCCUAGCAAGCAGCUGGAGUUGCAGCGAGUCAAGGAGAUGCUCAGUCGGAAAGCCGCUUCCAUAGAGAAGCAACGACGUGAGGAGGAGCUCCGCAAUCUACGUAUCGAGGCGGACCGACAGCGGGUUGGUGCUGCUAGCGAGAGGAUUGCCCGACGUCGGCAGCCAAAACCACGGGGAAGGUUCUACAGUGACGGUUCCGUGUCGGACUCGGAGGUAGGACCGACUGGCAGCGGCAGGACGAGCAGAGACAGAGAUAGAGACAUUCUUGAUACCGACUGGAGACUCGGUGCACCUGCUCUGUCUAUGCAAACCCUGAGCACUAUCGACACCCAGCAGUCACCGACCCACGGUGCACGCUACGGCUUAGAGCCCCCGGGAGCACCGAGGAGCACGCUGUUCCUUUCCAAGUCAGAGGAAGAUAUCAUCAGGGAAAUCGAGAAGCAGAUUUCUGAGACGACGGGGAAAGCAUAUCAGGCGUACGACCGGACAGAAAUCGAGAGAGAUGUCCGUAGGCGAUACGGCGCUCUACAUGACUCCGAUCGGAGUAGCAGCCAGUAUUCAACAUCUUCCUCUGGCUCACGGGGAAGCCUGAGCGACAGCUGGAGUUCUGUCACCUUUGAACUCCCGGACUAUCGCUUGAGGGCCGUGCGCCAGAAACUGAAGGAGGAACUAAAACUGGUCACUGCCGAUAAACGGGCGCAACUUGACCGAGAAGCGGUCACAAACGAACCGAAACAUCGUCCACCAAAAGGCAAGGCAACAUCUUUGGACUUGGAUUCAUCGGUCGGGUUCUUGCAAAGUAGCAGAGCCAACGGCAAGCCACAGUUGCUCGCAGUACCUGGUAUGGAUAAGCUGGACAGAAACGGUAAAUCUUCCAACCGCUUGUCACCACAGGCGUCUCCUCAACGGCGGCGGAACCGCAGACAAGCGGCCGACUCCAUCCCACCGAUGUUCUCACCUAUCAAAGAGGAUGUUGAUAUUGAGGGCGACGUGAUUCUCUCGCAGGCCAAACUCUCCAAACACCACUCGGACGAAUCGGAUUCCAUUCUGUCGCCGGGGGGACAAUCGAGUGUUGAUGUGCGUAGUUACAAACACAGAAAAGACGGCACGAAAGAGUCGUCGAGAGACAGAUUGUCCUCCCAUGAGUUACUAACAGGUCUACCUUCACCGGACGGAAAUUCGUCCGGCAAUCGUAGGCGGCGCAAAGAUACACCAGUGUCAGCUCAUGUAGGGCCCGAGGAGGUGGAUCGUCUCAGUCGCGAAGGCGAAAUGAUUGAGAAACGCAUCAGAGAGCAGCAGGAGAAAGAGUUUCGACGGGAGAUCGAACGCCGCAAGAAACAGAUGGAAGACUCUGCCAAGCGACUGGACGAGCUGAAGAUCAGACGGGGCGUGGAGUGGUCCGCGGCCAGCGGCGGUGACGGUAAGAGUACCGGUACCGGCUCGGUGACAAAACCCUUGCAGGGUCCGGUGAAGCUGAGCCAGAGCCUGGACGAAAUCGCUCGCCGGCGAGACAGAGACAGCUCCCCGCUCAGUGCCGAGCGCCGGCGGUACGGAUCGCUGGAGACGGUUGCGCGGGACAAGGGCCGAGGCGCCCGGGAGACGGUAUCUAUGUCCACGCCGCAGCUGACCGAGAGGGAAAGGGCGGUCAUCAAGAGGGAUCAGCAAGGGUUGAUAUUACCGCUUGAUGAGGAGACUAGGUUGCAGAAAGGUGGAACGGAGCAUGGGAAACGGCAGACGAGGGCUGGUAGGGGAGACAGACUCGAGCGGUCCUCCUCGCGUGAAAAGCGCCCCCAUCGGCAAGACAGUGUCGAGAGCGUGGGCUCUAACAGAGCGCUGUCUGAAGACGACGAGGCUGGCUACUCCGACAGCAGCAAGGGUAGCACCAGACGACGUCGCAGCGCAGACGAGCGGAGAAUCGCCGAGGAAUCAACUCGCCAUCACCGUGACCAACGCCAUCACCAACAGGAGCGUGAUCACGGUCGCACAUCUCCUGCCGCACAACGUGAUCACGGUCGCUCGUCUCCUGCCGCACAACGUGAUCACGGUCGCGCGUCGCCUGCCACACAGCGGGAUCGUGAUCACGGUCGCACGUCGCCUGCCACGCAGCGGGACCGUAAUCACGGUCGCACGUCCCCUGCCACGCGGCGGGACCGUGAUCAAGGACGCGCGUCCCCUGGGUCCCAUGGUCGAAUUUCCCCUGCAGCACACUACCGGGACGGUGACUACCAUGACUACUCUCACCGUCGUCCACACAAUCGGUCGAGGGAGGAUGUGACUUCGCCUGAAGAACGUGACCGUGAUCGUGACACGUACGCUGACCGUGGACGUGACUACCAUCACCGCCAGCACAGCAGAUCACGAGAAGACAUCCCAUCGUCUUCAAGCCGUGAGCGCGCCCGCACCAUCAGUCCUAGUCCAAUCCGGGAGCGUGAUCGUGACUCUCAUCGUGAUCGAGACACGCACCGUGAUCACAGACGCCGUCAGCAUCACCAUUCAGGAGAGGAUCUGUCAAAGACCUCGAAGAAUAGUGACCGAUCUUCAGCGGGACCCCGAUCUAGAAGUCUUCCCAGAGUCUUGCAGUCAGAGAGAAGACAGGCCUCCCCUGAAGAUUACUAUUACGGGGACCAGGUCUACAGAAUGCAGGCCAGCGAGUGGACACGUCGCGCCGACGACAGUGGCGAUGACGAAGACGAAAGACGACGACAAGCCAUCUACCAAAGUGUGCCAGGGGGAUCUCGCCAUAUGCAGCAACGCCACAUAUCACGUGCCGACUACCAGUUCCCCACCAGACGAUUCCGUCUCCCGCGGGAUCCCAACGAUAAGAAGUGCAGGAACCACGGCAUCGGUAUGCGCAUUAUCGGCGGCAAACGGAUACCAGGGUCGGAGCAGCUGGUGGCCUACAUUGCCGAGAUACGGCGGGGCGGGGUUGCAGAUAGAGAAGGUUUACGGGAAGGUGAUCAAGUGUUAGAGUGGUGUGGCAUGCCGCUGACAGGACGGACGUACGAGGAAGUACAGCGAAUCACUAGGACGGCCGACGGCGAUGUAGAAGUAGUUGUCAAAUGUGGCACAAAUUUAUUAGAAUCCCCGAGGCAACGAAGCAGGCCGCCAGACGACAGCGCGCCCCGGUCACGGUCCACCAGCAACCCGGCGCACUACAUCGAAGAAGAGUCACUCGAAGAAGAGGCAAUUCGCAAUGGCGUUGAUCCCCGGAUGCUGUCUGAACGUCUUGAAGGGAUCUCCAAGGCUCAAUAUGUGUAUAGUUCUCCCACUACCUCUGCCAAUACCGAUAACUCAUCGCCCAAGAGGAAGGGGCGAGAUAGGAAUAAGAAGAUAAGUGGUGAAAUUCAGAUCCAGUUAGACUACGACGAGCGAACGGGCGACUUGAGCGUGGGCAUACUGCGGGGCCGCGGCCUGGCCCCCAAGGAUAUCAACGGUCUGGCCGACCCGUUCGUCAAGACGUGCCUUCUACCUGGAAGAGGACCAGACAACAAGAGGAAGACGAGGUACGUGCCGAAGACACUGACACCGGAGUGGAAUCAAACGGUGCUGUACCGGGCCGUCAGACCGCAGGAGCUCGCGACCAGGAUUCUGGAGAUCAGCGUCUGGGACUUCGACAGAUUCACCUUCAAUGAUUUCAUGGGGCAGAUUCUGAUAGACCUGUCCGACCAGCACAUCCUAGAUAACCGGCCUCGCUGGUUCUCCCUCCAAGACCAACCAGCAAGUACCGGCCAACAAGAGGCCUUCUCACCCCGUGCCCUCUCCCCAAUCACCACACUCCCCUCAGCGCACCCAGCCCACCCCCUUAGCCUCUUGGUGGGCAGGGGACGUGGAGGAACAACCACCGCCUCCGGAGACCACGGUUCGCCGGAGAGGCGCCGUGCCUUGUCCCGCUCCAUGGAGCGGGUGCAAGCGUCCAGUGCCGCCCAGCAGCUGAUGGAGUCGGACUCGCAAAGUUCCCGGUCCUCGGGUUACGAGUACGACACGGAUAGGUCUACCCAGAGUGACAAGUCUGGCUGGAGCCAGGACCACCAUCGCGAUAGACCCUCCAAACCCCCUCCCUCAUCUUCAACGCAAUAUAGACACGCCCACAACGGACAGCACAAUUGCAAGGCAUACCCAAACAACGGAGCAGGGAGGACACACACCAAUGAAAAAGUUGAUCAUAAUGCAAAUCACACAGCAAAAGAUGGGAGUCCUCCGAAAGGUCAGCCACCCAAACCCUCACCAACUACAAGUGCCAAUGGAAAGCCCUCGAGUAUCAGUACCUCAGUUAAAGUCACAGUCACCACCAAACACCCGUCCAACAAGCAAGGAAGCAAAGAGACCAAGAACAACACACAAGAGAAAAGAACAAAACAGGAUACUAAGAAACAGUCAAAGCCAGAACCAAAGCAACAAGCCAAGAAGGAGCCCAGCCGUGCCCUAUCUCCGGACAGGACCACGGAUAGAGUCAAGCUGUCACCGAGCAACGUCCGGGCCUCCAAGCCCAGGAACGAACCGAGUAUAUUCCACUAUACCAGCACUAACCCCAGCAACAGGCGAGCAGAAAAGGCAUCGAAGAAGGCCUAUGAUAAGGGAGCAAGUACCUCCAAGUCGGCCCAGAAUCUGAGUUUAUAUCAUGAUAAGCCUUCCACGUCCUCAGUAAUAAGGCGGUCGUCAGCUGAGCUCUAUGAAGGCCAAGCUCUGGAGAGAUUAAACGGAUCGGAAAACCUCGAUGACGAAAGAAAGGAAGAAGAGUGGAUCGAGGCCUCAAAAAGCUCAGCCGACACCCAUACGAGGCAACCAAUUGAGGUUGAAGUGAUUGAAGCAGGCAAGGACGACGUUGCCGAGGACAGCAAGCGGAGCCAGUCAAAGGAGAAGGCCGGAGAUAGCGCGCUUCUGAACGGCGGCCACGACACUGAAAGGGUUGGUGGCGUGCCGAGUCUGUGGGUGCGCAAGCCGCAGUUGGAUCUGGGCACCAGCUCUGGUUUAGAGAGCAACUCUUUGAUGCAAGUUAACCUGAAGGCAGCUAUGUACACAAGGAUGUUUGCCGGAGACUUAGGACCAGGACAGAUCAUUGAUCCAGAGACGCCAAGGCAAUCUGAUGUGCUUCUUCACAGAGGAGACUAUGAUACGACUGGCGAGAUUCGCUUGGGACUCAAGAAAGAGAGCAAAGCAGAUGGGGACCAGUUAUACGUAGAGGUCAUCCAGUGUCGGAAGAUCAGCUACAAAUUCAAGACGGAAAAUCCGCCAGAUCUGUACGUGAAGGGCUACUUGGUAGUGGGUGACCGGAAGGUCUCCAAGAAGAAAACCCACAUCGCAAAAUUUACCAAGGAGCCCAAAUUCAACGAGGUCUUCAUGUACAACACGAGUGUAACAGGCCUGGCGUUGCAAGUCUCGCUCUGGGCAGACGGUGGUCGCUUCGGUAGAAAUACGCUGCUGGGAGAUGCCAUGAUAUGGCUGGAUAAUGUCAACUUCAUCCCGAAUGCUGAUUCCGAAGCUUGGUACAAACUUUUACUCGCCUCCAGCAAAUCACCCUCGAGCCCCUAGCGACGGCGCCACGUAUGGGAAGGAGGUCAUCUUUUGUGACUCUAAUCAUUUGUUUCAGGAGCUUGUAAUCGAUGGCUUCAACCACGUCCGCACUGUGGGACGUCUAUAAGAAAAUGCCGUGAACUAUCAUUGGUCACUUGAAAGGCAUGUUCUGGCGAAAUACUUCUUGCUAUAUGCAUAUUGGUCGUGUACUCUAUAACGUUCCUGAACGAUCACUGGGUUUAUUCACCAGCAGC